GGCAGAGUAUUACUCCUGGAACAGUUCUGCUUAUCCUCGUUGGGAGCUUUAAGCCUUGGGGUGUUGUUUUCCUGGAGCAACUUCCAUAUAGGUUGCUUUGCCUCUCAUUACUGUCAUAAAUAGAGAUAGAGCCAUGCAAAAAGAUCACAGUGUCAGUGCCCCUGCAACUCCUACCGGCCGGGUUCGGCACCGCAGGCGAUCAAAUGAGGUUCCUUCAGAGGCUAGCAAAGCAGAUAAAAGUCACUUACUUGUUAACGAUCGGAACAAAUACAGGUCAAUGUUGAUCCGUGCAUAUUCAUCCAUCUGGAUGAUUGGAGGGUUUGCAUUUAUUAUCUAUAUGGGUCAUCUCUAUAUUUGGGCUAUGGUGGUUGUUAUCCAAAUCUUUAUGGCAAGGGAGCUUUUCAGUCUACUCAGGAGAUCUCAUGAAGACAGGCAACUUCCAGGGUUCAGGCUUUUAAACUGGCAUUUUUUCUUCACGGCAAUGCUUUUUGUAUAUGGUCGAAUUCUCAGUCAACAGCUCGUCAACACUGUAACUUCAGAUAAAUUUUUGUAUCGAUUUGUGAGCGGCCUUAUGAAAUAUCAAAUGGUUAUUUGUUAUUUCUUAUAUAUUGCAGGAUUUAUGUGGUUCAUUCUUACAUUGAAGAAGAAGAUGUACAAGUAUCAAUUUGGGCAGUAUGCAUGGACACACAUGAUUCUAAUUGUGGUGUUUACUCAGUCUUCCUUCACUGUAGCGAAUAUUUUUGAAGGAAUCUUCUGGUUUCUUCUGCCAGCAUCGCUUAUUGUAAUCAAUGAUAUUGCUGCCUACUUUUUUGGUUUUUUCUUUGGUCGAACACCUUUAAUCAAGUUGUCUCCAAAGAAAACUUGGGAGGGUUUCAUUGGAGCAUCUGGUGCAACUAUCAUCUCUGCGUUUGUGCUAGCAAAUAUCAUGGGGCGUUUCCAAUGGCUAACAUGUCCGAGGAAGGAUCUAUCAACGGGUUGGCUUCACUGUGAUCCUGGUCCACUGUUUAAGCCCGAAUAUUUUUCCUUGCCAGACGGGUUUCCAAGGAAAGAGGUCUCAAUAUUGCCAGUACAAUGGCAUGCUCUAGCUCUUGGUCUAUUUGCAUCUAUCAUAGCGCCUUUUGGAGGCUUUUUUGCAAGUGGUUUUAAGAGAGCUUUUAAAAUCAAGGAUUUCGGUGACAGCAUUCCGGGACAUGGUGGAAUUACUGACAGAAUGGAUUGCCAGAUGGUGAUGGCUGUGUUCGCAUACAUAUAUCAUCAGUCAUUUAUUGUGCGUGAAAGCUAUUCAGUGGAGAUGAUCUUGGAUCAGAUAUUGAGGAACCUUAGUUUCGAAGAGCAACUGGCUUUGUAUAUGAAGCUUGGGCAGAUUUUUCAUGGUAGAGAAAUCUGAUGGCACUGCAGUGGAAUAUUCUAAAUGUGGCUUUAAUUUGCCACACUUUUUCUCUGGCAUGGUCUGUACAUAGUGUUCUGCUUUUCGGUGGAACUGCAUUUGAAACUCAGCGGAAAAAAAAUACCUUCCUACAAAGCAAAGGCUUACGCAUAAUGUUUCCAAAUAUUGUAUUCAUGCAGGGUUUUCAGUGUAGAGAUUUUGUAGUACUGUAAUGCCUUUUCUGUCCCAUUUUUCUGUUCACUCGUAGCAUUCUGUACAGGAAAGAAUCAAAUGAAUAUUCCUGGUUAUCUCA